CGCGAAUGUUGUUCAGACAAAAUAUUUCUUGCUACAAUCACAGAUAAACUGUAAGAAAAAGUAAACCAGUAACAGAAUAAUGUUGAUAUCAAAUUUCACAAGAAGAGGAACACAGGCGAAAACAUUUGAAGAACUGACAUGCUCUCCCUCUUUGGUGGGUGGACUUCGACAAGAAUCACUUUCUUUCGCAGCAGUCAACAUUCUCCUCUCCAUCACAGCAUUUGUUGGAAAUUCUCUCAUCCUUAUUGCCCUUCACAAAGAAUCUUCCCUUCAUCCGCCGUCCAAACUCUUGUAUCGUUGUCUGGCAACUACUGAUCUGUUGGUUGGUCUCGUAGGCCAGCCUCUAGCUGCUUCAAGCUGGAUGUUUAGUGCUCACGAACACUGGAUUCCUUGUCGAUACGCAAGUACCGCGACCUUUAUCACAAGCUACGUAUUAUGUGGAGUGUCUUUGUUGACAAUGACGGCCAUAAGCGUCGACAGACUUCUCGCCAUAUUGCUGCAGCUGAAAUACAAACAAAUUGUAACUUUGAAGCGGACGUAUAUCAUUGUAGUUACCUUUUGGGUUCAAUCCAUCGUCGCUGCUUUAUGUUACACGUUAGAUUACCGUGUAUUCUUCUGGUAUGGCCUUAUAGUUGUACCAUUAUGCUACGUUACCUCAAUUGUGUCGUACACAAAAAUAUUUUGCGCUCUAAGUCAUCAUCGUGCUCAAAUACGAGAUUAUGUUACACAGCCGAGCCAACCAAAUGCAGUGAAUACCACACAAUGCAAAAAGGCAGUGUACAAUGCACUGUGGGUUCAGUUGGCAUUAGUUGUUUGUUAUUUGCCGUAUGCUUUAGUGGAAAUUGUGAUCAGCCGAACCAAAACAGAUCCAUCGCACCUAGUCAUCAUGAGGGAUGCAGCAAGCAUAUUAGCUUUCUUUAACUCAACGUUAAAUCCGUUUCUGUACUGCUGGAAAAUAAGUGAAGUGAGACAAGCAGUAAAGCGAACGAUCAGACAAGCAUUUAGCCGUCCAUAAAGUGAGAUCCUCCCCAAAUUAUGCUCGUAU